AUGGCGAACUAUUUAAGUUAUAAACAAGGUACGUUUCCAUUUAAAAAUCUCGGAUUGCUUGUGGGUGCAAAUAUGAACCGUGUACGGGACUGGAAUUCGGUGAUAGAAAUCUUUAAAAACUGUCUCUCGUUAUGGAAAGCAAAAAUGUUGUCAUAUGGUGGAAGAAUAACACUCAUUACAUCGGUUGUAAACUCCCUCCCAACCUAUUAUUUCUCACUCUAUAAAGCUCCUAUUCAAGUAUUGGACUCCCUUGAUAAAAUUCGAAGGGUGUUCUUUUGGGGAGGGUCGGAGGAAAAGGCAAAAAUGAAUUGGGUGACUUGGGAUAAAACCAUUGCUCCCAUUGAAUAUGGGGUACUUGGAUUCGGAUCCCUAAGAGACGCAAAUCUAGCAAUGUUAGCAAAAUGGUGGUGGAGGUUUGAAACGGAAAAAGAAGUCCUAUGGAGAAGAGUAGUGUGGGCUAUUCAUCAUAAUCCAAGAGCAUGGAGUGACAUCUCAGUUAAAAUUUAUGUACCCGGUCCGUGGAAAAACAUUAUAAGUACUCGACAGGCUCUAUAA